UAAAAACAAAACAAAAAAGGCGUUGCUGUCUCAUUCAUCCUGAACAUGUGUCCAUGCGUAUAGUAUGUACUUACUAGAGGACAUGUAAGUAAAGCCAUGACACCUGCACAGCCCAGGAUUAUUCUGUUAUUCAGCGGGAAACGGAAGUCAGGAAAGGACUUCGUGACUGAUUUAAUCCAGAAAAGAGUCACUGAAGAGAUUUGCUGCAUACUCCGACUGUCUGCACCUCUCAAACAACAGUAUGCACAGGAUCAUGAUCUGGACUACGAGGCUCUCUUGGGUUCUGGUCAGUAUAAAGAGAGUUAUCGUGCUGAUAUGAUCCAGUGGGGUGAGAUGAAGCGACAGCAGGAUUCUGGAUUCUUCUGUAGACUGGCCAUUAAACAUGCCACACAACCGCUCUGGAUAAUCAGUGACUGCAGACGUGUGUCAGACGUGCAGUGGUUCCGUUGGGAGUUUCCUGAUAAAUGUGUGUGUGUUCGGGUGGAGGCGUCUGAGGAAACACGGUCACAGAGAGGCUGGAGGUUCACUGCAGGUGUAGAUGAUGCCGAGUCAGAGUGUGGUUUGGAUGAGGGGGUGACAUUUGAUUGGAUCAUCAGGAAUGAUGGAGAUGCAGAUGUUCUGCAGGUGCAGCUGGAGGGACUGCUCUCAUUGGUCAAGUCAAAAACACAAAACAACAUUCAACUGGUUUGAUGAAAUUUUACAGAUUGUUUAUUUGCUGUCAGUCUUAGACAUGUACCUGGAGCCCUCAGAAACUCAAGGAAUAUCUCAUUUAAAAAACGAAGGUGAAAACAUCACUGACUCCACCCUUAUGAUUUUCUUCUUUAGUGUAACACAAAAGGAGAAAUUCUGAAGAAUGUUCACAGUGCCCUUUUCCAUACAGUAACAAGCUCCAAAAGGACAAAAGACACUAUUAAAGCACCAUGAAAAUAGUCCAUAUGACUCAUGUUCUAUAUUGCAAAUCUUCUGAAGUCCUACGAUAUCUUUGUGUGAGGAACAGAACACAAAUCAGACUUUAAAAACUAUUCACGUAUUCUUAAAAUCUCAUUAGCUAUUUUUUAAAUUUGAAGGUUGCGAUUAGUUGAGACACUAUAUUAAGUGUAAUCGAGCUUGAAAUCAUGAUCGUCAAAGAGACUGCUGUCAAGAUUUAUAGUGAAAAAGGAAUUAUAUCAAGUCUGUUUCACCCAAAAGUAAGUGGACUAACUUCUGAAGAUAUGGAUUUAACUACUGGAGUCUUUUUAUGCUGCUUUUAUGUGCUUUUUGGAGCUUCAAAGUUGUGGCCACUAUUCAUUUGCGUUGUAUGGACCUACAGAGCUGAAAUAUUCUUUAAAUCUUCAUUUGUGUUCUGCAGAAGUCAGUAAUACAUAUCUGGGAGGGCAUGAGUCUGAGUUUUUAAAUGACAAUUAAAAAUUUUGGGUUAUCUGUCUCUUUAAUGCAAAAUCACCAAAACAGUACAGUCCUAUGUCUCCAUUGCUUAUAUGUGCCUGAUUUUUAACAGUAAAUUGUGGCUAAAAGCUGCUUCUGUAACUGUCAGUAUUUAAUUAAUGCAUUCAAAAAUACUUGAUAUCAUUAGUGCCUGAAAUUGUAUUAAAGCAAGAAUUCACUCAAGACCUUACCUGCAGACGAUUUUUACCACAGGUAAAAUAGAAUCUUAAAUAUUCUAGAAUGUACAUUUUGAUUGUCUGAGCUUUGUAGCCACUGUAAAAUAGAGACCAAGUAGGUCUUACAAUUUUAAUUUAUCUGAAGUAUGCUAAAAAUAAAA